AUGUGUAGGAUGCACGUCGCAUACCAGAACAUAGUGAGCACAGCUCAGGGGAAAAUCAGAGGCACUUCGAGAGAUGGAUAUGUGGCCUAUAACGGAAUACCAUACGCGUCUGUUAGUACUGGCCCUGCAGGAAAGUUUAAGCGUGGAACUCUCGCCCCAGUGUGGCCCAACAUCAGGGAACCCCGCGAAUCACACUGUUCCUCCAGUUCAGCAGCGGAAGAUUGCCUUCAACUAGAUGUUAACACGCCAACCGGGUCAUCCUUGCCAGUGCUGGCAUGGGUUACUGGCGGCAGUGGACAGUACAACCCCACGAGACUCGUUAAAGGAGGGAUUAUUGUGGUUAUUAUCCGACACAGAUUGGGACCACAAGGAUUCCUAUGUUCAAGCGAAGAUAAAAUCCCGGGCAAUGCAGGAGUAAAGGAUGUGGUACUAGCUCUGCGAUGGAUCCGGGACAACAUAGUCGCUUUCAACGGCAAUCCUAACAAAGUUGUAGUAGCGGGACAGGGCUUCGGUGCCGCAAUGGUGGAAGCCCUAACCUUGACGCCCCUGGCACAUGGAUUGUUCCACGGGGUCAUACUACAGAGUGGAACUAUUUUAGCCCCAUGGGCGUUUAACUUUGAUGCCGAGAACAGAACUAAGCUUUUGAAAAUGAGUUUAAAUUCGAGCAGGGAUAUCUUGACAAGGACCUCCGCAACAGAACUUAGUUCUAAAGCCGAUCAGUUAACACUCCCUUAUUUACCGUUUGGUAUGUGCAUAGAAAAUUCAAUCAAGAAUGAAGAACGCUUGCUCUCCUCAUCGCCUUUUGAAAUGUUAUCCAGAGGAAAGAUUAUAUCAGUACCUAUGAUGAUGGGGUUCAAUAACAAUGAAGGUUACAUAUUCGCGGCAACGCUGAAGGAAGCGAAGGUUGUCCGGAGGAUGUCUCAAGAGACGUCGUUCUUGCUUCCGAUAGAAUUGCAAUCGAGAAAAAGAGAUGUUUCCAAAAUUAUGAAAGAGAUAGAUGGAAUGUACUUUUCCGAUAAUAUGACAAUGGCAGCUGUAUUAGCAUACCAUAGGGAUGCCUAUUUCCUAAGCCACAUUCAUAGAAGCGCACGUUUCCACGCUCACACGCACCAUCCUGUAUAUUAUUACCAAUUCUCUUACUCUGGUAACAUAGGCGUGGAGGAAGAGCCGGGAAUGGCCAAGUGGGGAGCAGCCCAUUCUGAUGAACUAGCUUAUUUGUUUCCCGACAAAGGACGAGAUUUGAACGGAGACGAUGGCACCGUUCAGGGGAAUCUGGUACGACUUUGGACGAAUUUCGUUAAACAUUUAAACCCAACACCGGCAAACGCUAAGGAUUCUGUUUGGGUGCCACUCAACCCUCAGUAUCCCAAGGUGCUGGAUAUCAACACAGAGAUGGGGAUGAAAGAGUUCCCUUUUGUGAAGGAAGCGCAGAUGUGGGAGGAUGUCUACGACAAAUACUACUUUGACAGAAGAAGGACUAGAAAUCCUGAAGACCAAACGUUGAAGAACGUGGUUGACACUACAAAAGGCAGCGUUCGAGGAGUUGAAAAGGGUGGUGUCUUGCAAUUUUUUGAUAUACCAUAUGGAGCGUUCAGCGAAAAUCCUCUUCAGGAACCUGUUGAACCUGUUAAAUGGGAAGAUGAGAUACUAGAAAAAAAGGAGCACAAAUCUCAGUGCCCUCAAAUGAAGAAUGGUGUGUAUCUCGGUGACCCCGACUGCCUCACUUUAAGCGUUUUUAAACCUGCACCUAAGGAAACCGACCAGAACGACAAGCGAACAAAACUAGCCGCCGUAUUGUUCCACAUUCAUGACAGUUCAUUCUCUACCGGAAGCAGCGAUCCUCUAGUUUAUGGCCCAAAGAAUUUGGUUGAUAACGGUAUAAUCCUAGUUUUACCAAACUACAGACUCGGAGCAUUAGGUUUUCUGUGUGUCCGGAAUGAGACUGCUCCAGGAAAUGCCGCUCUCAAGGAUUUGACCCUCGCUUUAAAAUGGACUAUUGAAAACAUAGCGCAAUUUGAUGGUGAUCCUUCCAACAUAGUAGUCAGUGGCGCGGGUGCCGGCGGGGCUCUUGUGGAAUAUUUACUCAUGUCAAAUAUAUCUCGACCGUAUAUUUCCCGAGCGAUUACAGAGAGUGGCUUCAGCCUUUCACCAUGGGCAAUAGACAGAAACCCAUUAGCCACUGCGAGUUCCUUGCCACCCGGUAUACUACAGGGUAAAAUAGAUUUGGAAGCAUUAGUGAGAAGCUCUGCCGAUAUUGACUUUAGACCGUGCAUCGAAAAAGAAACUGGUUUCAUAACAGAAAGUCCGUGGCUAUUGUUAAGCAGGAAUCAAACAAAUCUAGCGUACAUGGCAGGAACGGCGAACCAUGCCGCAUGGAGCGAAGCUCUGAGACAAAUAACAACAGAAAACAAUUUAUCCGAACUUAACAAAAACUUAUCCUUGUUGCUUCCAAACGACCUUACAUUUGAGAACAACGAAGACAAACUACGAGUAGGAAGGCAAGUGAGGUCUUUUUACUUCGGAGAGAGGGAUAUUACAACGACCGAUGUCAAUCAGCUUUCCCAAUUGUUUACUGACACCGGAUAUCUAAACCCUGGAUUGAGAGGUGCCAGAUUGUUGGUAAAGGGAGGAGUCAACGUGUAUUUCUAUGAGUACUCCUUCAACAAUCCGGAUUUGAAACAAGCCUUUGAUGCGUCUACUCGAGGUGACUCUUUGACCUUCGUGUUCAGCGGAAGUGAAGAAACUACUAAAAAUGAAGAACAAAUUCGUAUGAGACUUAUAAUGACGAGUUUAUGGGUUAGCUUCAUUAAGGUGGGGACGCCUUCGGUAGAAAACAUCGUGUGGACAAACAUGAAAGACGUAACACCAGCUGAAGAGGACUGGCUCUCAAUAGGUGCUACAGUCCAGAUGCAGAAGGGCCUUCAUGUCAAUCGUUUACGAGUCUGGCAGGAGAUCUACGACAAUCAUUUCAUAGAGAAUAAUCCGGGAUUUGUUCACAAACCGUCUCUCUACAUUUUAGUAAGCGGUCUAUCUAUCUUAGGACGAUUUGGCGUUUUACGAGGAUGA